AUGUCUUCACAGGUUCAUCGACCAUUACCCUCUGAUGGGACAGACCACCCCGUCUCGUUACCAACAGAACAAGGAGCGUUCCACGGUGAGAUCAUCGAACCACUGCCAGACUUCAAAUGGCACGACGCCCCAAGAAGCAUCAUUCAUCCAUACCAACAAGCUGACAAUCUGUCCUUUGGCAUGCAGACGAUUCCAAUCUCUGAGCUCAUUUCUAUUGACCGCACAUACCUAGACAACAUCAACGAGCGCAUCCGAGUCAUUCAGAAAAACGAGGAUUCCGUGAUCGGAUGUGAACCUGGUGCAGAAGCAGCUGUAAGAGAAUUAUACGUUUGGCUCGUGGAUAACUACCUUCCACAACGAUUCCCUACUAUCUUCCGGAUUGAGGGUGGAGAAGAAGUCGGACGUCAUAUUCUCUCUACAUCCUCAUCUGAGGGUUCUUGUCUCAAAAACCUGGUCACGCUUCAGUCCUACUCUUUGCAGCCUCCGAGCUCUCCACUGGCUGCGCUGGAGGUGAUUGGAUCACUUGUCGAUGAGGACAUGCUCCUGAUGCUUCCUUCACCCGACAACGAUGGAUACACCCUUCAGGCAUUUGUCAACUGCUUUGCUAAUGGCCCGAACACGAGACGCCGUCUUAAUAUGAAACUCAGAGACAUCCAUGGAGCGGUUCCUGGAUUCCAAUCCCACCUGGAGCAGAAGCUUGACAGAUGGAUCGACCUCCUGAAGAUCGGCAAAGUUGUCAGACGAGCAAAUUGGGUUGUCGUCGACGACGGCCGCAUGUUCGUGCCCGAGGGCCAUCAUCCAUACAAGGAUGAGCAGUCGCCGGUUGAUAUCCAGAAGACCUUUGUACGAAGCGAGAGUCAAACACUAUAUCGGCUCCCCCGAUCCAAAGCUGUCGUCUUCACGAUCAAAACAUAUCUUUACCCACUGACGGAUAUCAAAGCCGCAGGCUAUGGAGAGGAUCUAGCAAACGCCAUCGAAGGGCUGAGCAAGGGUAACGCACCUGGAAUAGUGGAGUACAAGAAAAGCAAUAUUUGGGGCGACAUUGUGAAGCAAUUCUUACGCAGCUGA